AUGGCAGCUUUACAACUAGAUAAGAGUGAUCUACAGUCAAUUUUGAACAUAAUAUGUGAUAACAUGGCAAAACUUGGCUCGAUUGAAACACAAGAGCAAGUUAACCUAAUCCAAGAAGAAGUCGAUGCUAUUAUCAGAGCAGUUUACAAUUGCAUCAGAAAGAUAAACUUGUUUUCGCAUGAGCAACAAGCAUUUGUUAAAUCAUUACACAUUGAAAAUGCCACUUUCCCCUCUGAAACCAACAUCCCCCCUGAGGAUACUGAGACCAUCAACACCAUGUCUCCCCCCGAAAUCAACACCAACACCCCCUGA